AUGGAAAACAGAAGCAGAUCAGUUGAAAAGAAACUGGACGAGCUGUUACGAGAAACCUCCAAGGAGAGAUCGGAGAAAAAGUUCUACUCCUCAAACGUCGAGCCCAAAGCAUCCGCAGAUUCAGGUAUUCAGCUCAUCACCUGCGAGGACCGACCCGUCCGCUUGAAUGAUGCACAACAACUUUUAAACGAAAAUAAGAUACAAUUGCUAAUGAAGGAAAAUGCAAAGCUUAAUGAUGAAUUAAGAAGCAUGCAGCAAAACGAGGUGGAUUUCGAGAAUGCAGCGCGGGACGUUCGCACCCUCCUCCUACGAUCGGAAGAGGAUAAGAAGCACCUGAUGAAUAGGAUUGAAAAACUCACCGCCAACGGGAUAACUGUCAUUCAAUCCAGCCUGUUUCUUCUAGAACGAGUCCUCAUAUCAGAAAUUGAGCGCUUGAAGCGCCGCGGUGGGACAACUGGAAGUACACGACCACCAAGUCAAAAGAAGUCGGGUUCUCUGGAGGAGCACAUUACGGGGCUGGAGCAGGACCGGGACUACUGGAAGAAUCAAGUGGAACUCCUGAGUCAAAUGCUCACCUGUCCCAGUAUUGUCGGCCCGCGAAGCACCACCAACAAACAAGUGGGUAGUAGGGUCUCCUCUGCCUCAAAAUUAGGUCGAGGCAAAGCCCAGAAGGAUGAACGAACGUCUAGGAUCGAAGAGGACCUAAAGGCCCUACAGGAGACAAGGAGGGAAGCGAAACAGAUGAAAUAUCGCCCGUUUGCAGGGCUGGGACUCAUUCCUCGAUCCCGCAGUCUUCCACGUGAACAGUCGGUUCAGGAAACCCAUGUCCCAAAUCAAAUUAGGGUCGGCCGGAAUGCAUUGCCACCCCGAAAGUUGAAACAACACCUUUCCUUUGCGAUAAUUGGCAUAGGAAAGAGAGCAAUGCGAGGAAACCGUUUUACGGUAGCCUCAGUCACCGCCAUAACCGGGCCUAGUUCAGUCUGUACUGAGUCGUUUGAAAAAUCUCUGGAGAACCAAAAAUUGCGAAUUGAACGAGACGAACUCCGAAUGCUGCUCACUCGCUUCGAAAAACGCAUUCAGGAGAUUCAAGACAAUGUGCAAACGCUAACUAAAGAGCGGAAUGAUUUGCAUAAACUAUAUGCCGAUGGCUUAUCACUGGUGUACUUCUUUUCCAAGGCUAAGAACGAGAUUCAUCGACUACACCACGACCUGUACGACGUGCAGAACGCAGCUAGCCGACGGGUGGUCAAUCAGGAGGUGACUGCUCGUCUUCAAGCAGAUUUGGAAAGAGCUCGGCGCGAAAUUGAGCAUCUUUCGGCUGAAAGGGAGAGUCUAGCUGCCAAGUACAAGAAGGCGACCGAGGUAGAGAGCGUAGACAAGCAGCGCCACAGCAAGCAAAUGGACUACAUGGAGAAGGCCCUCUGCGAGGCCACCACCGAGCGCGACGAGGUAGUCAGUCGGAUCGGUCAGCUAAAACGGCGGCUGGAGGAGCUACAGUGCAGUCAAGUGCAAAUCGAGCAGCGUCUUACCGAGAGGAACGAGAAACUUAAGAGGUCCACUGAGGAGGCGAACGGCCUUCGCGGUGAGCUUGAAGGUCGGCAGAGGCUAUUGGAGGAAACGGAGGCCAAGUUGGUUGCUGCACGUCAACGAAACAGUGAACUGGAGGCCGUCUACCAGCGCGCCGAGGCGUCGAUCGAGGAGAUCUCCCGACGCCUACAGCUGGAGCGAGAGGGGUGCGAACGCUUUCAAAGCGAGCUGCAGGAGGCCGCAUGUGAACGCGUGAAGAUGCAACAAGAAAUGGAGGAACUCAGAAAAGCCAAAUCCCAGCUUCAAAAGAACAACAAAUACCUUGAGAAGAAGUACAUGGUGACGGUUACAGAACGGGAUGAGGUCAACAGCAAUUGCAACAAACUCGCCACUGCCAUCAAGAACCUGGAACAGAAACUAAAGACCGCGGAAGAUGAAGUCACCUCGUGGACCUCGAAAUUCCAGCUUGAGCGUUCGGCUGGUGCAAGUUUGGCAGAGCGCUGCUCGGUGGCUGAGCGUCGUCUGGAAGAGAGCGAAUUUCGCACCCAGGAUCUGACCAAUGAGCUACGGGAAAAUCAAGAUGCCCGCUAUCAGCUAGAGCGACAGGUCAAAACGUUGGCAGAUAAUGUUGACAGACUAAAAUCCAAUGUAGAGCGAUUGAGAGAGGAGAAUGAGUCACUCAAGUCGGACAUCGAUUUGGCUAACAAGGAUAAAAUAAAGCUGGAGGCAUUAAUUGAAGAUCUCACAGCAUCUAAUCGUCAGCUCGUUCGAGAUCGGGACGAUGUUACACACCGUCACACUGUGGCUCGUGAAAGGAUUGCCGAACUAGAAGCUGCUUUGCGCUCUCUCGAGACCGACCUGAAACGCCAGACUGAAGCUGCAAACAAGGAACAUCAGAUGGUUGUUGACUUGCAAAGGCAAAAUGAGGCCAUGAAGCAGCGAUGUGAGGACUUGGAUGCUGAGCUGACGGAGACCAUAAACAAACACCGCAAUGUGGAGGAUCGAUUUCAUCAGGUGGAGCUGCGCGCAGGUCAGCUGGAAAGGGAGCUACGUCUCGAACACGAUGAUUAUCUCCAGGUCAGGUCUCGAUUGGAAGCCACAGAGGAGCAAAGGGACGCUGAGGAGGCAAGUUUAGCCAAUCGAAAACUCAUGGCUCAGCGUAUUUCUGACCUGGAGGCCCAAUUAACCUCUCAACUAAUGGAGCUUAAGGAGGCACGCAGCACCCUCGAUGAGAAUGCUCGUGUGCUCACCCGCAAAGAGGAACAACUUAGGACAAGUCAAGCAGCUGAGCAGUCGCUGAGGAGUGAAUUGGCCGCCGCACAGAGCAGCUUGCGCGAAAGCCGGCGGGCACUGGACGGAGGGGAACAGGAGAGUGCUCGGAUAAGAGAUGAACUUGCAGCCGCCAUGAGGGACCUUCAGCGUCUUCAAGUUGAACUUCAUGAGACGACGGAUGAACGAGAGUCUUUGAAGGCUCGAGCCGAUAGCUACCUGUCGGAGUUGGCGCGACAGGAGCGUUUGCUGGGCGAGCGGGCGAGGGAACGCGACAUUCUUGCAGAGCAGUCGCGCGCCGCGGUCGAGGACGCGGAGUUGUGGCGCACGCGUUGGACUGAGGCGGAGGCGGCCGCAGCAACCGCGCGUAGCCACAGCGACGAGAACGCGGCAGAGGUGGUUCGCCUGAGGGACGCCCUUGAGGCGCAAAAACGCGAGGUCUCCCAAUGCAGAACUGCUCUGGAAAGGGCUGAAAAUCAGGUCCUGAGUCUGAACCAGCAGGUAGAUGAGACGACUGAGGCGGCGGGCCUAGCACGAGCAGAGUUGGAGGCACUGGCAGCGGAGGUGUCACGACUGCGUGACUCGUUGGUGCGUGCAGAGGCAGCGCGAAGCGCGAAGGAGCGUGAAGCUGUACACUCACGAGUCGAAGCCGAGGAGGCGCGCUCCAAGCUGCACUCCACGGAGGCAGCGCUCCUCCAAGCCAAUGAGAACGCCGCAACAGAGCGCGAAAACGCACGUAACGCUAAUCUCUUACUGCAGUCAGCCCGCGAGAAGGAGCACACGGCCACUCUAGAGGCCCAAGAGCGCAUGAAUGAGGUGAUAAUGCUGCGAGAGCGCGCAGUGAUGGCCGAGGAGAGAAUGGACGCGCAGCAGCGUGAGAACGCCCGCCUCUACGAGCGCCUGGCGGAGACAGAGAAGGAGGCCUCGCGUCUCUCGUGCAGCCUCUCCACGGAGCGUUUCGAGCGCGAGCGUCUCUCCGCCGAACUGCAAUCUGUUCCCACCACCUACCGCCCUUCGGGCUUUUCGGGAAGCUCUGGCCGGUACACAACCUCGCGACUUCGUUCGCCACGUCGUGAAAAGGAGGAAAUCUAG